CCUGUACCUAACGCGCUGAGUUGGUGACAUUCACCACGAGACGGAACGGUGUUGUGUCGACUGAUGAACAAACUCUCACCUGGUGCCAUCCCGAAGAUCCACAGUUCUGGGAUCCAGUUCAAGAUGAUGGAGAACAUUAAGAACUUCUCAGAUUCGAUGAGGAAAUAUGGCGUAAGUAUCCAGGACCUGUUCCAGACUGCCGACCUGUUUGAGAAAAAAGAUCUGGCCACCGUCUGCACAUCUCUCUUCUCCCUCGGCCGUGCGACGUACCUUCACCCUGAGUGGCCCGGUCCCUGGCUGGGUCCACGCCCCGCCGAAGAACACAAGCGGGAGUUCACUGAAGAGCAGCUGGCCGCCUCUAAGACAGUGAUCGGACUACAGGCGGGCUCCAACAAGGGCGCCACAGCCUCAGGCCAGAACGUGGGGGCCCAGCGUAGGGUCAUCAUCGGCAAGUAGACCGACUCCUGCACAAGACUCCACGCCCGCGACACCCUUCUGUUUUUUGUUUUUCAGUGUUGACAUAAAACAGCUGAUCAUCGAUAUUUGGAUUUUAAUAUAAUCUUUAUUUCUCUUAGCUGCAGUUCAUCACUAUAUUUCUAGCUCAACAUUCUGUAUUUUAUUAUUUUUUAACAGGCACCUCAUACAACUAUCACCUGUAGAGUGUUAUUUCAAAACUUCUGCCAAGGACAUGUCAUUUAGUCAUAGUUAUUGUACGACCUGUUUACUUUAUUGUCAAAUGAAGUAAAAUCGCAAGUGGAAUUAUGUGUUAAAAACAGACGGGUGUCGGGUCUACAUGUCAACAGUGUGGAGUUGAUUAGUUGGUAACACUGGCAAGGGUGACGUCAUCAAUAAACUCCAACCUCGA